CCGUUUUCCCAUUACUUGCCCGCUCUCCUUUCUUCUUCUUCUUCUUCUUCCCCUUCGCCUUCCUUAUAAAUAAAGGCUUUCGAAGUUUCAAAGCUUCUCACGAGUCACGCCCGCCCGACACAGAGGAAUUUGGCAAAGUGGAAUCCUCUUUUGUCUUUUUAUGAGAGCGAGGUGUGAUGGGCGGCUACUGCUGAUGGUCCUGUUUCUCGGCUUCACCCACAGGCUUCUUCCACUGUUCCAUCCUCGCCUCCCUAGCCCCUCCCCUUCCCUCGUCAGGAGCGCCAUGUCCCAGCCCGAUUUCAGCACCCCCCGCCCCGUUGUCAAGCGGGUCCUGGCCAAGCAGCAGCACGAGGGCCAGGGCGCCGUCGUCCGCAGAAGCAUUGGCAGGAAUGAAUUGAGGAGCUUGGACCCCUUUCUCAUGCUCGAUGAGUUCUCAGUGUCUCCUCCGGCUGGAUUUCCUGACCAUCCGCACAGAGGGUUCGAAACUGUCACUUACAUGCUCCAGGGUGCCUUCACCCAUCAAGAUUUCGCUGGGAACAGGGGAACCAUACGAACCGGCGAUGUGCAGUGGAUGACGGCAGGAAGAGGAAUCAUCCACUCCGAGAUGCCGGCGGGAGAAGGAGUGAACAAGGGGCUCCAGCUCUGGAUAAAUCUCUCCUCCAGAGACAAAAUGAUUGAGCCACGGUACCAGGAAUUGCUUAGUGAGGACAUAGGCACAGCAGAGGAUGAUGGGGUCGAAGUCCGGGUGAUCGCAGGAGAAGCGAUGGGAGUGAGGUCUCCGGUCUACACAAGAACUCCAACUAUGUACCUUGAUUUUACUCUCAAGCCAGGAGCAAGAUUGAACCAAAGCAUUCACGAAUCAUGGACCGCUUUUGUCUACGUCAUAGAAGGAGAAGGUGUUUUUGGCUCCGCGGAUUCGACUCCUGUGCCAGCGCACAACUUGCUGGUUCUAGGUCCAGGGGAUGGGGUGAGCGUGUGGAACGAGUCUUCGAAGCCGUUGAGGUUCGUGCUGAUAGGCGGGCAGCCGCUGAAUGAGCCGGUGGCGCAACACGGGCCUUUUGUGAUGAACACGCCCGCUCAAAUUGAUCAAGCCAUUGAAGACUAUCAAUAUGGCAAGAACGGGUUUGAAAUGGCCAGGUACUGGAGGUCUCGAUCCGUGGGUUGAAAAAGUCCCAAAAUCACGCUAGGCAAAACAAAAUAAGGAGGAAAUAAAAACAGCACUCUCUCUCUCUCUCUCCCCUUCUUCUCUGAAAGUGUCACUGUCUGUGUCCACAAAGAGCGGGAGUUGAAAAGAAAGAUGUGUUGCCGAUUGAAGCAAAAGGCUUCUAGAAGAUUUAAAGUGCAGGUGAUACAGCAAAUCUAGCGAUCAUUUGAGUCAUGAUGAUCAAAGCUCAUUUUGGUUAAAUUACUUCUAUUGCUUCCUACCACCAAGAUAUUUCUCUCUCUCUCUCUCUCUCUCUGCACGACACCUGAUCCUUUCGGUGGUCAAUUUGCAGUCACUAGUGCUUGACAAUGUUUUCUUUUUGCCUCCCCUUGCGGCUACGCAUAUACUACUUUUCUUUGCUUUUCCCC